CAGAGGGCUAAUUAAGAAGUAUCGUCUGUGACGACUGUGAAAUAUCGUUUUGCGUAAUUUAAAGUACAAGAGAAUUUUUUCCAUAAAAUAUGGAUUAUUGAAUGUAUUAUAUAGAUUAUUCGGCCAUUUAUAAUAAGAGGGAAGACUAUAAUAUAUAAAAUGACAUCUCCAUUAAAACCUUGGGAAAUGAAUCGACAAAACAUGGGACAUUUUUCCAAAGAUCAGUGGAGUAAUAAUCGUCCAUUGAUGAAUUCUGAAUUUGCCGGAACUGUUUCAGAUUCGUCACUGAAUGAAAAAGGCCUACCUCCACCAUUGCCACCAAGACCUAUUGAUCGAAAUAAUCAAUAUUCUAGAUAUCAAAGUUACAAUCAUUUUAGUCCAUAUAAUAGUUUCAAUGGUUUAUCUGGUCCUUAUAAUUCUAUGUAUAAUUAUGGAUUUGGUGGUAACAGAUAUGGAUAUAACUAUGACUGUUAUAACAAUUUUUCCGAUAAUAAUAAUAGUUUUAUUCAUAUUGCCGAGGAAAGUUCUCGUCCUGCAUUUCAGUCAAUUGAAUCAUUUGUUCAUGCAGUUGGUUCCGUAAGUAUGAUGUUAGAAUCUACUUAUCAUGCAGUGCAUAGUUCUUUUCGUGCUGUUUUAGGAGUGGCAGAACAUUUUUCUCGACUGCGUAACCAUUUAACUCGCAUAUUAUCUACGCUUGCAAUAAUAAGAACCUUACAGUGGUGUUGUAGAAGAAUUUUAUAUUUACUUGGUUUAAUUAAAGAAAAUCCAGCUGCAGAACAAGCUUGGAACAAUGCUUCGAAAUUGCCAAUGUCAUUGGAUGAGAAUGACAGGAAAAGACCAAAAGCCUCUUGGCCUAUAUUAAUGUAUUUUGCAGUUGUUUUUGGUGCCCCAUGGUUGAUAUGGAAGCUUCUCAAUUCUAUUGCUAGAAAUCCUGAUUCAGAUUCUAAUCACUGGGCAACAAAGAAUGAAGACUAUUACCUAGGAAUAGCACAGUACAAUUUCCAUGCAGAGGAACCCCGAGAAAUAUCAUUUCAGGCAGGACAAGAAUUAGUGUUGGCUCCCAAAAAUUUACAACCAAAAGUCAAGGGCUUGUUAUUAGCAAGUACUGAUGGGAAAAAAGUGGGAUUGGUACCUGCAAAUUACGUAAAAAUUCUCGGAUUCAGGACGGGUUUAAAAUAUCAGAAUCAAAAUAACGAAUUUGUUCAGGUGCAUAGUUCCGAUAAUUCCAAUAGAAAGGAUUCCGAGGUAAAUACAAAUGAUAUGAAUCAAGAUUAAUUUUCUUAAGACUUUGAGUAAACAUACUUUUAUUUAAAGGAAAAUUGUGUGUGGUUUUUGUAAAUUGGUUUAAAUUUGUUUUUACUACAGCUGUAAAAUAUAAGAUGAUAACUUUCUUUGUAUGAAAUUCCUCAAUACUGACUAUAAU